UAUUCAUCCAAUAUCGUCCGAUAUGUAUCAUCCAUCUACGACCAAGAGCUUGUGAAGAAGAAGAACACGGAUCCGUGUGCGCUCUUUCUCUCGUCUUCGGCCCCGUCGUCGUCGGUAGCGCUGUGAGCAAAAUUUGCCGCUAUGGCUUCAGAAAAGAAGAUGCAGAACUCCAUGCGGGAGAUUAAAGUGCAGAAGCUUGUCCUCAACAUCUCCGUGGGAGAGAGUGGAGACAGAUUGACUCGUGCAUCCAAGGUGUUGGAGCAGUUGAGCGGUCAGUCCCCCGUCUUCUCAAAGGCAAGGUACACUGUGCGAUCCUUUGGUAUCAGGCGUAAUGAGAAAAUUGCAUGCUAUGUCACCGUUCGUGGUGAGAAGGCGAUGCAGCUCCUUGAAAGUGGGUUGAAGGUGAAGGAAUACGAGUUGCUGCGCCGCAACUUCAGUGAAUCCGGAUGUUUUGGAUUCGGUAUCCAAGAGCACAUCGAUCUCGGCAUUAAGUACGAUCCUUCCACAGGUAUCUACGGUAUGGAUUUCUACGUUGUCCUGGAACGCCCAGGAUACAGAGUGGGCCGAAGGAGGAGAGCCAAAUCCCGUGUUGGUAUUCAACACCGUGUCACCAAGGAGGAUGCCAUGAAGUGGUUCCAAGUUAAGUACGAGGGAGUUAUCCUGAACAAAUCGCAACAAAUUGCCUAGAUCUUCAUGUCUGUUGUGUUUGUUAACUCCUAGUCGUUUCACUUUAUUGAGGAUGGAGGCAGGCGAGUCUUGUACCUUCACGUAACUGAAUCUAGCGAAUUCCAACAUGAUACGAAUUCCUGAUACUUAAA